AUGUCGCAAAUCGAUGCGAGACCUCCGCCCACACGAGGCAGGAGCUCACACCGCGGAGGCAGAGGAGGUUUCGGCAGAAGCAGCCGCGGAGGCAGGAAGCCGCUGUCCGACUCGCCCAAUGACGCAACUUCCUUCGAAGAUUCCUUCGGAGACGAAGGUGAAGUUGGCGAAAUGAAGAAGCAAUACGCAACCGAGCUGCCCAUGCUCAGAGACAUGUUCCCCGACUGGACCGACGUGGACUUGGUCUUCGCUCUCCAAGAGGCUGACGGCGACAUCCCGAGCACCGUCGAGCGGAUCGCCCAGGGCAAUGUGUCCCAAUUUGCCGAAGUGAAGAGCGCCAAGGAUCGUGCUCGCUCAAAGGUAAAAGAGACCUCCGUGGCGCCAGGUGCGGCAGAGAAGACGCCAGCCCGCGGAGGUCGUGGAAGAGGAGGCUUUGAAGGUACUCGUGGCUCCCGUGGACGCGGAUCAGAACGUGGUAGAGGUGGCAUUCGUGGUGGCAGAGGCGGCCAUGCUGCCGUCAAUGGAUCGUCUGAGGAGCCCAGCACCACAUCGGUCCCGACUGUCGAAUCCACCUCGUAUGACGACGGCGGUCAUGCAGCAGCGCCGGAAGUACACCCGGGUCCGAAGGCACACGAUGCCGCCAAAGGCACUGGCGACGCCGGACAAAGCGCUUGGGCAAAUGUAGUGACUUCACAGGGCACUCCCGCAACGGCCUCGGAAGGUGCAAAGAGCAGCUUGAUACCAGAAGGUGGUGCGAAGAAGAGCUGGGCCAGCAUGUUCGCACAGAAGCCGGCCCCACCAGCACCCAAGAAAGUCCCUACUGCAAAGCAGGCGCCUGCCGAGUUGGCCGCUGCUGGCGUGAUUCCAGCGGCAUCUCAUCAGCCGACGGAAGGGACCGGGCCUCCGCCUGAUGCUCCAGUGUCGUUGAUCGCAGACGACUCGUCAGCAGCAGACAGGCUAUCCAGUACAGAUGGUGCAGAACUGGACAUCACCCCGACAAAAGAUCCUUUGACGGAGGAGAACGUCGAGCACCUCCCAGACGACUCCCAUCCACCCGCGACAUUGACUGUCGCCAGCACUGCUGGUUCCGCCGACCCUCGCAACCCUACGCCUCUACCCGGUCAGCAAGCUCCAAUCGCUCGUCCGCCCAUCGGUGGCUAUGCGACUAGUGCACAGCGUGCUGCCGGACUACCCAACAGAAGCGCGAGCUUCCAGCGCCGAGUUCUUGAGCAGCAAGAGGCGGUCGUUAUGCCCGGACACAAUGCCGUCGACAGGGCUGCCGUGCAAUUCGGGAGUAUGGGUAUCAAUGGCGAGCCUGGUCCGGAUGUCGAUGACGACCGCGAGGAGCCCGAGACGCGCCACGCGCCCCAGCACUCGCCGCCCUCUCAACCGAGGACUUCUCUGCCUCCGGCUCCCAGGCAGGUGCCCGAGGCGAUCAUGCCCGAGGGCCUACCCACGCCGAAGCAAGCUCCUGGACUCCCCCCAGCUUCUCAACAGAAUCAACAACAGAUCCAAGAGGUCUCCAUGGCGCCUACCGGCCCCAGCGAAAUGACGCAAAUCAAUCAGAACUACAACCAAUACAGUCAACGGUAUGGCCAAGCUGCUUUGCAGCAAGACUCGGGCGCUCAGCAGGCGAAGCCCUAUGACCCCUAUCAGCAAGGUCCUCAGAGCCAGUACGAUCAGUAUGGCUCUCACGUCCAACAGCCGCACCAGCAGCAAGCAGGCCAGGGCAGCUACGGUGGCCAUUCAUCCGCCCCGAGCGAUUACUCUUCCUACUACACAGCCGACCAUCAGCGCGGAGGGUACAGCAAUUACUAUGGCAGCUCGUAUGGGCCCCAGGACGCCCGUAACCAAGGACAACAAGACGCUGGGAUGGGACAGCAGCGAUCAGCCAGCGGCUUCGGCGCCGCUGGAGGACCGCACGACACUGCUUUCGCAUCCCAGGCCCAACAGCAGGUCAGUACCUCACAAUCUCUUCUAGAUCUCAACGCCGCUUUGAACGGCUGCAGCAACGAGGGUCAGAGGCGAUAUCUACUCAACGAGAUUCAGCGCAUCAUCUCGUCCGUUCAGAUGCAAUCGAAACCGCACACGGCUGGUAAGCCGGCCGGUGGAGAUGUGUCAGACGCGGGGCGUGCGCCUGGAUUCGCGGAGAGGGAUCGGUGGUGGUAUGAGAGUCUCUUCAAUGGCCCAAUGCCGCCGCCAACUCAAUCGCUCGUGACGACCCUGUCAGACGUAACUAAUCUCACAUCCCCUGACACCCCCUCUUCCCCUCUGCAGACCAGCUCCAAAAGCAUUUUAUCUGACCAGCCUUCGAAGCAGGCGCAGUCACGCUAUGGUGACACCACCGGCUCCGGCCACAACACUCCCAACCCACCCAUGGCCAGUCAGCAACAGUCUACGGGUGCCAACACGCAGCAAACUCAGCAGCCCUCCAUGCACCAAGCGCCGAGCCAUCAACAGCAAGGCGGGUAUGGAGCCCAGCCAGGCUUUCCUUACGGUCACCAAUACUACAGCAGCCCAUAUCCGUCAGCCUAUCAGAGCCAGUUUGGAUACAGCGGUCAACUCGGCGGAUACGGCGGCUACCCAGCGAAACCCAGCGGGAUGUACGGCGCUUCGCAUGGCUACGGCAUGGGUCCGCAAUCGUCGUAUGAGCAGCAUUCCGCGUCGCCGGCCAACGCAGCCUCUUACGCACAGAACCAAUCUGGUAUGCGCAGCGGCAGCGGCGUGAACUCGGGUCUUGGAGGGGUGGACGACUACGGCCGUGGGUCGGCACAGUCGCAUCAGCAGAGCAGCGCAUUCGCCAGCAUGCAUGAUCCCUUCAACCAGCGCUCCGGCUCGGGAUACGGGGGAGCCGCGCAGCAGCAGCAGAGUGGCUAUGGUCAACAGAGCAUGGCGACGGGGCAAGACGACUCGCUGAAGCCAUUCAGUGAGGCAUCGAAGGCCGGUUCAUCGCCUGCCCUCGGCCAGCCAGGCGGGCGCCCGGGCUCUGCGGCCAAUAGCGCCGGCGGCUCGAACCAGUCCGGCCUCCCACCGCCCCAGAACCAGCAGUCUGGCUUCGGAGGCGGCUACCCAGGCUUUGCGGGACAGGGACAGUAUGGACUCGGAGGAUUGGGCUCCCAGCAGCAACAGCAGCAACAGCAGCAGCAGCAGGGAGGAUAUGGCAGCUACGGCGCCGGAAGCUUCAACCAAACCUAUGGCAGCUACAACUCGCGCGGCGGCUGGGGCUCCAACUACGGCGCGCACUAG